AUGUCGACUCAGCAGCAGAAACCACCUCAAAUCGUGACCAAGAGUCUCUCCUACACCUUUCCAGACUUUUCCACGGGCGUUCAGAACAUCACUCUUGAUCUGCCUCCGCGCUCACGAACGCUUCUGAUUGGUGCCAACGGUGCCGGCAAGACGACUCUUUUGCGUCUUCUGGCUGGAAAACGCCUGGCCCCGGGAGAUGCCAUUUCCAUCUGUGGCGUCGAUCCCUUCAAAGACGGCCUCGAAGGCGUCACGUAUCUCGGUCUCGAGUGGGUGCUCAACCCUAUUGUGCGCAACGACAUUGGCGUCGUGGAGCUGCUUCGGUCUGUUGGCGGUGAUGCUUACCCCGAGCGCCGUGACGAGCUGGUUGACAUGCUUGAUAUCGACAUCAACUGGCGUAUGCACGCCGUGUCCGAUGGUGAGCGUCGCCGAGUCCAGCUGGCAAUGGGUCUUUUGCGUCCUUGGACCGUGCUCUUCUUGGAUGAGAUCACUGUUGAUCUUGAUGUUCUGACUCGUUAUGAGUUCCUUGCCUGGCUGAAGCGUGAGACGGAGAACCGAGAGUGCACAAUCGUCUAUGCUACUCACAUCUUGGAUAAUCUGGCUGGUUGGCCUACCCAUCUCGUCCACAUGCAUCUCGGCACUGUCAAGGAGUGGGACACGGCAGAAAACAUGCUGCACGCCGUUGAUUCAAGCGUUGGGGCCACUGGCAAUAGCCGUCUCGGAGAGUUGGUCAUGGGCUGGUUGAGAGACGACCUAAAGGAGAGAGGACCGAGAAGCCAAGUCAACCGUGCUCCUGAAGGCAAGACUUAUGGCUUUGGUGCCAUCAAGAUUGGAGGAUAUGGCGAUGAGUCCAAGCAAAGGGAGAACUAA